UUCAAGCAUACGUCUUUGGCGUAACUCGUGGAGUUGCGAACGGUUCGUGUUGUACUCAGAACAAAAACUCAGAGCUUUGCCAAUAUGUCAGUGAGCGGUAUCAAACUCGGUGCCAAAAUAAUUGAGGGGAAGACCAAGAUUGUUUGUGAUCUACCGAAUGAGCCUGGAAACUGCAUUCUCAUCUCGAAGGAUCGCAUCACCGCUGGCGAUGGUACUCGCGCUGACGACAUGGCGGGUAAAGCUGCUAUCUCAAAUCAAACAGCCUGUCAAAUCUUCGCUUACCUAAACCGUUGCGGAGUAAAGACUCACUUUGUGCGACAACAUGAUGAGAAGUCACUCGUUGCACGAAAAUGCGACAUGAUUCCUAUCGAAUGGGUUGCCAGGCGUCUUGCAACUGGUUCUUUCCUUAAGCGUAUGCCAGGAGUCAAGGAAGGUUACAGAUUUAAUCCGCCCAAGCUGGAGACGUUUUUCAAGGACGACGCAAAUCAUGAUCCUCAAUGGAGCAGUGAGCAGUUGAUCGAAGCUAAGUUAACCUGUGCCGGACUUGUCAUCGGACCUGAUGAGGUGGAGAUUAUGCUCAAGAUGACGCGCACCGUAUUUGAGGUGCUGGAACGCGGAUGGCAGUCGCUUGACUGUUCGCUCAUUGACAUGAAGGUGGAGUUUGGCGUGGAUAUUGAGACCAAGGAGCUUAUCCUCGCUGACCUGAUCGACUCGGAUUCAUGGCGGCUUUGGCCUAGCGGAGAUAAGCGUCUCAUGGUUGAUAAACAAGUGUACCGUAAUCUGCAUGAAGUCACUCCGCAGGCGCUUGAAAGCGUCAAACGUAACUUUAAGUGGGUCGCGGAACAGGUGAAAAAAUUUGUUCCAAAGCCUAUCUCUCAAGUAGUUAUCCUUAUGGGCUCGGCAAGCGAUCGCGCCCACUGCGAUCAGAUCAAGAAGCAUCUUGCUAAAUAUCAGAUUCCUACCGAAAUGCGAAUCACUUCUGCUCACAAGAACACCGAUCAGGCUUUGAAUAUUAUGGCCGAGUAUGAAGGACUUGGCGUACCUCUUGUAUUCAUUGCUGUUGCUGGUCGUUCAAACGGUCUAGGGCCUGUAACUAGCGGAAAUGUGAAUGUUCCAACUAUUAACUGCCCUCCUGUGACGCCCGACUGGGGCGCUGAGGAUAUCUGGAGCUCGAUGCGGGUUCCAUCUGGCCUGGGCUGCACCACCGUUCUUUUUCCUGAAGCCGCCGCCCUCGCGGCAGCUCAGAUCCUUGGUCUCAGAGACCACGUCGUGUGGUCAACGCUACGCUGUGAGCAGAUGAACACUUGGAUUGGCCUGAAGCACGCUGACAAGGAGAUACGCAAGGAUCAAGGACUCAACUGAGCAGUAGUAGACCGAAAAAAAAAAUUCGCUAAAAGUCUACAUUAUCACUGAUCGGAAAAGGUCGACAAGCGAAAACAACAUUAUAUUUAUACGUAAAUAAAACGAAAAAAUCAUACCAUUAUAUUUA